ACCGGCGAAGUCACUCGCAUUUUCAGCAUUUCUGUGUAUAUUUUUCAGUAAAACGAGUGUUUGAGAAUUGGGUUAUAAAUAUACAUUAGAUAGUAGUUGUUAUGUAAAUGUGGUGUGCAGUUUCCAGAUUGAGUUUUAAAGAAAAAGCGUCCUCAUGAGGGCUUUAACUCCAACUUUCCUCUUACUCCUCACCACACUAACCCUCUGCCACAAGAACAAAAUCAACGAUUACUUCGAAAAAAUCAACACGCAAUUCAUCAAGCACAACCAAGUCGCCACAAGCAUAUCAUGGAGCUCGUCUAUCAAGCCGAGCAAUGAGGAGAUGGCAACAGUGAAUAAUAAAUACCAGGCGGAAGUGAUAGCAUGGCAACACCAGACGUGCGACGCGCUGGCAGCGAUGCAAACGGCUCAUUUGUUGAACAGCUCUCAAGAACGACAGGCGUAUUUGUUGUGUCGAGGACCUGUGUAUACUUUGGAGGAUGCAAGCCAGAAAACUGAACUAUACGACCAGUUGCAGUCCACAUACUCCAACGUGCAAGUCUGCAUUCCAUCGCAUCACAAUAACCUCACAGCCGACAACCCUCGCGCUGCCCAAUCCGCCAUUUUAAAUUUCAUAGCUUCAGUGAUACAGUACAACGACUUCAAACCAGAUCUUGGCGAGAAAGACUCGGUACCAAAAGUGGUCAGAUUACUUUCGUCUAACGUCCUGACGCAAACGGAUGGUUUUUGCCUGAAUGGAGAGGAGGAUUUUCAGAAGUUGAUGCGUUAUGGUAAUAAUGAGGCGGUUUUGAGAUGGCUGUGGUUGGAGUGGAGGGAGAAAGUAGGACGGAAUGUGAAGGAGACGUAUAUAAAGCUGGUGAAUAUUGAAAAUGUUGCGGCGGCACGAAAUGGUUAUACCGACAUAGGGGCUGCAUGGCGUGAAGAACUCGAGAUACCAAACCUCAGGCAGAAAUGUCGGGAGCUAUACGAAAGUAUUCGGCCAUUAUACAAACUCUUGCAUGGCGUCAUCAGAUUUUUCUUGAGGCAUAAAUAUUAUGCUAGAGCGAUCCCUGAAACAGGACCUAUUCCUGCACACUAUCUUGGGGAUCUUUGGUCUCAAAACUGGGAAUCUUUGUCGGAUUUGAUAAUUCGCCAGAAUAUCGACGUGAACAAGAAUAUAAGGCAGAAGAACUGGAGCCUGAAACAUAUGGCGAAACGAGCUGAAGACUUCUACCAAUCUAUGGGUCUGCCUCCAAUGACUGAAUCGUUUUGGCGCAAUUCUAUAUUUUGGCGCCAAAACAGCAUGAUCCGAUGCCACGGGACUGCGGCCUACAUGUUCAAGAGAAACGACUUCCGGUUACUGUACUGCGCAGUAAACUCGUCUGAUGACUUCUAUGUCAUACACCAUGAGAUGGGACACAUCCAGUACUACAUGGCCUACGAACAUCAACCGGGAAUAUUCCGGCAAGGCGCCAACUCAGCCUUCCACGAGAGCAUAGGAGACGCUAUAAUGCUCGGGGUGUUUUCCCCACAACACCUAUACCGUCUCGGACUCAUCAACGACACUAUACUCCUUCCAUCAACCCCAAACCACCCCGAGAAUAACCUCAAAAACCCCAAAAACCACGCCAAGACAAGCGUGCAAUUGUCUACAGAUGAUAUACUGCUGUUGAAGCAAGGGUUGAACAAGAUACCGCAAAUACCUUUUGCUUUGCUGAUUGAUGAGUAUCGAUGGAAGAUGUUUGAAGGUGGUAUAGAUGAUAGAGCGUAUAAUAAGGCGUUUUGGGAUAUGGCACGGGAGUUGCAAGGUAUAACUCCACCAGAGCCUAGAGAUGAGCGUCAGUUUGAUAUAGCUGCCAAGUACCAUGUACCUGAUAAUACUCCCUAUAUUAGGUACUUCCUCAGCAGUUUCCUCCAGCACCAGCUGUUCGAGGCUCUGUGUAGGGCGGCGGUGUACGGCACUCGUGACGUCACGAUGGACCUGCCCCCCAGCAUGGCGGUGCAUCGGUGUGAUAUAUACGGGUCUAAGGCUGCGGGGAAGGUUUUAAGAGACAUAAUGUCACGGGGAACCUCUCAGCAUUGGCGUAACAUUCUCCAGGAGACCAUAAACCAGGACGACAUCACUUCAGAAUCCUUCAUCAGAUACUACAAACCACUUACCAGGCUUUUAGAAAGACUAGUCGAAGAAUACCAGAUCCCUAUUGGCUGGUAGAAAGAUUAACAGGCUAUGGGUUGCCAGUUAUAAAAAAGGAACUGUCAAAAUAUCAAUUC